AUGUGUCUAUAUCGAAUUCACUGUGUCUACAUCGAAUUCGCUGUGUCAACAUCGAAUUCGCUGUGUCAACAUCGAAUUCGAUGUUCGAUGUUCGAUGUGUCUACAUCGAAUUCGAUGUUUGAUGUUCGAUGUGUCUACAUCGAAUUCGCUAUGUCAACAUCGAAUUCGAUAUUAGAUGUAUGUUUGAUUUUCGAUGUUCGAUGUGUAUACAUCGAAUUCGAUGUGUCUAUACCGAAUUCGAUAUGUCUACAUCGAAUUCGCUGUGUCAACAUCGAAUUCGAUGUUAGAUGUUCGAUGUUAGAUGUUCGAUAUGUAUACAUCGAAUUCGCUGUGUCUACAUCGAAUUCGAUGUGUUUACACCGAAUUCGCUGUGUCUACAUCGAAUUCGCUGUGUCUACAUCGAAUUCGAUGUGUCUAUAUCGAAUUCGCUGUGUCUACAUCGAAUUCGCUGUGUCAACAUCGAAUUCGAUGUUAGAUCGCGUGUGUUGGUUCUCCCUAUAUGUGAUGUUCGAUGUGUCUACAUCGAAUUCGAUGUUCGAUGUUAGAUGUUCGAUGUGUAUACAUCGAAUUCGAUGUUCGAUGUGUCUACACCGAAUUCGAUGUUCGAUGUUCGAUGUGUCUACACCGAAUUCUAUGUUAAAUGUUCGAUGUGUCUACACCGAAUUCUAUGUGUCUACAUCGAAUUCGAUGUUAGAUGUUCGAUGUGUAUACAUCGAAUUCGCUGUGUCUCGAAUUCGAUGUUCGAUUCAUGAAUCAACACCAAAUCCUCGACAAAACCAACAACAAGCAAAUCAACAGCAUUUACUGCAAAAUCAACAGCAUAACUUUCAGCAAAAUCAAGCAUUGCAACCACCACCACCAGCAGAUUCUAAUAUUACAAAUGGAAGCAGUAAUAUUUUCAACGACUCAUUUAUUAUCACGUCAUAUUUCGAUUAUACUCUUAGAAUCGUAUCGUCACUAAGCUCGUAUUUUCUUGCCGGCAUUAUGGUCUAUUCUGUGAUAUUUCAUAUUCGAUACUCGUUCAUUUAA